CCGAACCCCGUCGCUCUUCGCCGGAUUAGAUUAGAACCCAGGUGUGUGAAAGGUGGUGCGGCGUAAGCGUCGGUAGCCAUGUCCGCUGAGGAAGGAGCUGAGGUCGUCGUCGCCGCAGCAGCAGCCCCCGCCGUCGAGGAGGAGCCAGUGGCGGAGGCCCCCGUCGACUCCAAGCCCGUCGAGGAGAAGCCAGGAAAGGAGAAGAGGGUGAGGGCCCCGAAAGCCCCCAAGGAGAAGAAGCCUAAGGGUUCAAAGCCUUCCACACCGUCUCACCCGCCUUAUUUCGAGAUGAUCAAGGAGGCCAUAUUAGCCCUGAACGAGAAGACUGGAUCGAGUGCUUACGCUAUUGCCAAGUUCAUGGAGGAGAAGCACAAGGGAGUGCUGACGCCGAACUACAAGAAGGUCUUGGCUGUCCAAUUAAGGAAUUUUACAGCAAAGGGGAAGCUUGUAAAGGUGAAGGCUUCCUUCAAGCUAGCGGAAGUCGGAAAGAAGGAUGAGAAGAAGAAACAGAAGAAGGACGAGAGGAAGCCUGUGAAGGAGACGAAGAAGCUGAACGAAGCUGCAAGGAGGACAAGGGCUUCUGCUGAUGCCACAAAUAAAGCCACGAAACCUUCUUCCAAGGGGAAGAGAACCGGGGUCAAGAAGGCGAAGAUGGCCGCUGCUCCGAAACCGAAGCAGCCCAAGUCCAUCAGAUCCCCGGCUUCCAAGAAAGCGAGGAAGGCCACCGCUUGAUGAUCCUGUAGAUAGAUAGUUGAUAGGGCUCGGUUGCUGUUACCUUUGUUCAUAGUUUGGGUCGCCGCUUAGUCGACAGAGUUGAUGGUGGUGUGUCAACUUCACCCUCUUGUAAUGCAAUCUUCGUUUCGUCUUGUAUGGUUAAUCAUGCUGCAAUGUUAUGGCAAGUUGAGUUUAUGCUAAACU